AUGGCAACGGACGCGGGGUUCUGGACUCCGACUCCCCCGAGCCCCCAGCUUCGCGGGAGGCGGCCGGCUGAGCCGCGGGCUCCGAUGGCGGGCAAGGGCGACACGCCCGAGACCGAGGAGUGCUGGAAGAUCCUCGAGAGCCUCGAGUCGACUAUUGAGCAAUGCCGGUUCAGCCCCAGACUUAAAAUUUCCGAUGAUUUGAAGAUUGGCUUUUUCAGCACAGACCAUGCUACUCAAACUGAUUCCAAUGAAAUUUUGCCAUUGAAAGAGUUGAGUUCAUCUACAGAGAAGCUAGUACAGGUCAUUAGAUCUCUUCAGGUGGAUUUUGGGUUCCUCAGAGAACUGCUUCAGCUGAAGUUUGAGGACCGUCUCAAAGAGGAGUCUUUCAACCUGUUCACUGCUCUACAUGACAGGAUCCUAACAAUCGAAAAACACUAUCAAGAGAAUGAGGACAUCAUAAGAAAAUGCUACAAUCAGCAGUUGGCUGAUGCCAUAGCUGUUAUCAAAGGAACGUACAAGCAAUUCUUUGAGGUGGAGGAAGAGACUUUUGUGCAAGAAUCAGCUACUAUCAAAAUGAGUAAUUUGUUAAAAAGACUGAAGGAGAGAGAAGAAAUGAUUAAGGAUUUAAGAGAAGAGCUAUGUCAAUAUGAAGAGUCUAGAUUUCAAAAACUUGAUGCUUUUGCCAGAGAGACAGCUCUAGAAAGAGAGGAUUUGGAGUACAAACUGGAAAACGAGAGGCUGCUUCAAAUCGUUUCAGAGCUCGAAGAAGCAAUCCGACUCAAUCUAAGGGAAAAUGCAGUAUUAGAAGAUGAAAUUAUAACUCUGAAAGAGACGGCAGCAAAGGAUCAUAGAACUAUUCAAAAGCUGAUUGAUGGUAGAGACAGAUUACUAUGUGAGCUUGAUUAUGAAAAAUCAGUAGUUCAAGAAAUGAUUAAUAAACAGCAGGAGGACAUGGAAACAAGGAAGAGGAUUGAGAGCCUAAGCGUCAAGAGCUGGAGAGCACUCAAGGAGAAAGAAACCUCUUUGUCUCUGUGGUCCUCACAACCCAGGAUUCCAUCCAGGCCUGGAACCAUUUCAAGGGCACGCUCGCCCUCCUCCAGUUUAGCGCCUGUUAAGACCAAGAAAGUUAAGACUCCGAAGAAAUCUGCCAAAGAAGAACAGCCUGUGGUAAGAUCUCCAAAACCAGUCGGAAUGCACAAAGAAAAGAAGGGGAGAUUACCAGUGGCUAAGAUGGAAGACAAACAUGAUUUGGAAGAGCAAAUACGAGUGCUAAGGGCAAAUUUAGAAAGUGAGAAGAGGAAGAUAGAAAGAUUUAAGAAAGAAUCCGAAUGGAUAAACAAAAACUGGGAAAAGAAAUUCUAUAUUCUCAGGAACAGCUUUCAUGUCCUUAAAAAUGAGAUGUUUACUAGGCACACGUUGUUUCGUCAGUUUGCAGUACUUGCUGAUUCAUCCUUCAAUUAUAUUAAAUUAAAACCUUUAUUUGUGGAGUCUAAGAUGAACCUGAUAACAGACCGUACUUCCUCUUCAAGUGAUCAUACACCUGUGCUAGACAACAAGGACACGGAUGUAGUCAGUGAUCAGACAUAUUUUCCCCCGUCACCAAAAGGGAGGGUGUCUGGAACCCUGGAAGAAGAGUCUUUGGAGAAGCCAUUGAUACUCCAGAACAACCCAGUGAAUGAUGUGGACGCUACUGAGUGAGGGGCAGGGCCCUGGGCUGCGCAGAGGGGGACCACAGAGAGGACCCUCUCCAUCCUGGCGUAAGGCCUGCCUCCCUGGCCAAGAGAUACUCCCUCCAAGGCGUUUCUAACAAAGCUGUUCCGUCUCCCCGAUGAUGUAGACUAACUCGAGGCCUGCCCUUGAAACGAAGAGAACGCGACGUCCACCUGGCUGUGCGCACCUUUCCAAACCCUCAAAGGCAGGUGCUCGCUCAUGCUGGGUGAGAGGGACGCACGGACUUCGAGGGGCUGCCAAAGCCACUGGGGGCGCUUCCUGGGCUCAGCAAGAUGCCCCAAAACCUUAGGGUGGGGAGGAACGGACUUCAAUUAAAAAAAGUUUGAGGCACUAAGCUUUCACUCCCUCGCUCAUCCAUCCGGUCUCUCUGUAACACCACGUCAAACUGAUUUGCUGCCUCCUCGC